AUGGAUGGUAGUGGUGGUAAUCCUUCAUCUUAUCAGCAUUUAUUUUGGGUUAUGCCUGUUUUUGGUAUUGCUAGUCAGAGGAGAUUAUAUUUGACUGAUAAGUAG